AUGGACACUCAGCAAAGAGACGAUAACGAAGACGGCUUGUUCUACAGACUUCAAAAGGAAAAUGCAUUACUACCGCCACAGGAUUCCACAGCAUUCAUAUUGGCACAGAUUGAAAGGCAAAACAUUCUUUUAGAAAAAGACCCAAAGUCCAUCUACAUUCAAUCCAAUGAACUUAUAGCCCAUUUUUCCACUGUUCAAAAACUAGUCAAAGUAGCGCACGAUGACCAUCCAUGUGGGUCUGAAGAAGAAGAAAUUGACUGGGGAUUCUGGGAAGCUGUCAUUCAAGAUUCAGAUCAGGUUGCACUGCGACUACCUCACUUGCUGUCACUCAAGCUAAGAUCUGGUAUCCCAGCACGAGUGCGAGGACUCAUGUGGCAAGCCAUGUCGAAAUCUGCUUCAUUGCACCUGGAAACAGUCUACGAACAGCUAUGUAAAGAGAAAUCACCGCAUGAAAGGAUCAUUCAAAGAGAUCUGGCAAGGACGUUUCCACGCAUUGACUUGUUCAAGCAAGAGAAUGGCCAAGGACAGAGUAGAAUGAAGCGCAUUCUGGAAUCGUAUAGUUUGUAUGAUCCUGAUGUGGGUUAUUGUCAAGGAUUAGCUUUUUUGGUGGGGCCGCUCUUGAUGAAUAUACCUGAAACUCAAUCCUUUUGUGUGUUUGUCAGGCUGAUGGAGACAUAUGAGAUGAGGUCCAUGUUCACUCUCAACAUGGAAGGACUGCAACUUCGCUUAUUCCAGUUCUCCAGCUUGCUGCAUGACAUUGUGCCCAAACUAGCGCACUAUUUAGACUCGCACGCUAUUCACCCCGCCAUGUAUGCCUCUCAAUGGUUCUUGACAUUGUUUGCUUAUGCAUUUCCUAUCCCGCUUAUCGAACGUAUCUACGACAUUGUUUUUGCAGAGGGUGCAGCAGAAACUAUCAUGCGUGUAGCCAUUGCUAUGCUGAAGCGAUCGGAGGAUGCGCUGCUGUAUCAAGUCAAUUCUGAAUUUGAAGAUGUACUGGACUUUAUCACAUCGAAAAAGUUGUGUGAUCCCUACACAGACAAUUACGGCCAUGUGAUACGAGAUGCCAUGGCCUUAUCUGACAUGAUUACUAGAGCCAAGAUGGACUCGCUUGCUACCAAGUACAACAUGAUGUCUGACGAAGAAAAACUGCAAUUACAGCAGGCACCACAAGCCGUGAUGACUACUACACAUAGCAACAAGGUUGGGUUCUGGAAGAGAAGAAGACAACAACAACGCAGUGCAACAUGCAAGAAACCGGAUAUUCAGAGAUCAACAAGUGCAGCUGGUGCCAGUACUAGUAGCACAGUCAUGUCAACCACGAGUGCAAACAAACCACCUGUGCUCAAAAAGAGAUGGUCUUCUGUUUCGUCGCCUGGAGACUGGAAUUACAACAAACCACCCGUUGUACCUUUCACAGCAACACCCCCACCUCCAUCAUCAUCAUCUAAAACAACUACAGCACAUGUGAUGGCUACAGAGUUGCACAAUUUAAAAGCAAUUCACAUUAAAACACUAGCUAAGCUGGACGAAAUUGAGCAUGACAAACAGGAUUUAGAAUGUGAAAGAGAUGCUCUGAAAUUAACGAUUAUACAACUUGAGCGAUGUCGAGAACAGCAACAACAGCAACAACAGCAGCAAAAAAAGGCCAAUGAGGAGAGCUCUGUCAUGCUGCCAACUGCUACUUCCUAUAUGUCGAGCACACGAUCCAGUCGAAAAAACUCUACUGCCUCUACAGCGUACUCAGAGGACGACGACAAUGCCAUGACGCCUGCUACAAGUCUCACCUUCUAUUAUCAUCACAACCCUCACCAACACGAUAAAGAGUUGAUCCAUGUCAAAGUGAAGAAUUUUGAAUUGGAACAGCAGUGCGCGAAACUAAAUCACGAAUUGGAAAUGGCUCAGAGUAAAUUCGACAUGGUAAAUGAAGGACAAAUGGCUCUGAUUGAGUCAUUGGUGUCGCUCAAGGUAGAAUUGGAAGAGCUCAAGCAAGAAAAUGUGCAACUCAAGAAGAAUGCCACCAUAAAAGAUUUAGCACUAGUCAAGAAGAGGCCAGCAGCUAUUAGACGGCAUAGUACAGUAGGUGUUGUGUCUAAAGAUGUGGAUGGCAUGGUUCUGCAAGAUUUCAAAUCGCCUGUAAAACCGGCACUACCUGAGGCUGUAUUAGCUUCAACCGCUGCACUCUCAACCACUACAUCUUUAGCCAGUACAGCUUCGAUCACGAAAAAACCCGCGAAAAAGAAAUCAUCUGCCACCUCAAUUUAUGGACGCAUGUUAUAUGCAUUUUCGAAACAAGCAUAUCCCAGUCAAGCUGUUGAACAUACCACUACUACCACUUUUACAUAG